AAAAUUAAAAAUAGGCAGCAAUGGGAAUCUGAAGCUCGUGGAUGAGCGACAGAACAUAGUAUGGUCCACCAAUGUUUCUGUCCACUCAAAUAAUACCACAGCAAUGCUUUCAGAUGGUGGAAACUUUGUUCUACAAGACAGGAAUUCUGUUGAAAUAUGGGCAAGCUUUGAUGAUCCAACUGAUACUCUUCUACCAAACAUGGAGAUAGGACUAAACAACAGAACCGGAGAGAGACAGUACUUAGUUUCAUGGAAAAAUGACAACAAUCCACCUUCUGGAUAUUUUGUCACUGGGAUUACGUGGGAGACACCGCCGCAACUUUUCACCUGGAAUGGCUCGAGCCCUUAUUGGAGAAGUGGACCAUGGGAUAAAUCGACUUUCAUGGGCAUACCAGAAAUGGACUCCUCAUAUUUUAGCGGGUACGUUCUCCAGCAAGAUCCUCAGCAGGGAACCGCUUAUUUCUCUGGUGAUACUACUAACAACUCUUUGCUUGGUUACGGCUUCAUUUCACCUGGAGGCGUUCUAGCCUUAAUAACGUGGGAUUAUGGAUCCAAGAGUUGGUUGACAAAUUGGGCGGCACCAAGCAACAGUUGCGAAGUUUAUGGAACUUGCGGUCCUUUUGGCCUCUGCAACUCACUAAACUCUCCUAUCUGCCGUUGUGUAAAGGGGUUUAUGCCGAGAUCCAAAGAAGAAUGGAACAGUAGGAAUUCGACCAGAGGGUGCAUCAGAGAAACUGAAUUGAAUUGUCAGAAGAACACAAGCAGGUCGGCUUCGAUGCAGGUGAAGAAAGAUGUCUUUGUGCAAAUGAACCGGAUGAAAGUGCCUGAUUCUGCGGAAUACUUAUCGGACAUUGGAGAUGAAGGAGGAUGCCAAAGCUGGUGCCUGAAUAAUUGUUCUUGCUUGGCUUAUUCUUAUGUCGGCACAAUAGGGUGCUUGGUCUGGGCUAAAGAUCUGAUGGAUAUGCAGGAGUUUUCAACGGCUGGGCAGGAUGUAUAUGUUCGGGUCGCACAUGACAAUACAGGCAUGUCGAUACAAACAAAACUUAUCAUCAGCAUAAGUACCAUGGUUGGCAUCGUGUCCAUAGGAGCUGCUAUUUUCAGUCUCUGCAAGUGGAGAGCUAGCAAAAGAGAUAAAACAGGUGAAAUGUCACUUGGAAAUGCAUGGAAAGAUGAGCUGAAGCAAGAUGAUGCAUCUGAAUUGACGAUGUUCAGUUUUAGUAACUUACAUCAUGUGACAAACAACUUUAAUGCAACAAACAAACUUGGCCAAGGAGGGUUUGGCCCCGUUUAUAAGGGAAAGCUGAAUGAUGGAAAGGAGAUAGCUGUCAAAAGACUUUCCAGUAGCUCAGGCCAAGGCAUGGAGGAGUUUAAGAAUGAGAUCAUUCUAAUAUCAAAGCUUCAGCAUCGAAAUCUCGUCAGACUCGUGGGUUGCUGCAUCGAAGGAGAAGAAAAAAUUUUAGUAUAUGAGUACUUGUCAAACAAAAGCUUAGAUACCUUUCUUUUUGGGAUCGCAAGUGGGCUUCAGUACCUCCAUCGAGAGUCUAACCUUCGAGUUAUCCACCGAGAUUUAAAGGCAAGCAAUAUUCUCUUGGAUGAGAAAAUGAACCCAAAAAUUUCGGACUUUGGGCUAGCGCGGAUCUUCGAAGGCACCCAAGUUUUGCUAAAUACUCACAAAGUUGUUGGAACACUAGGAUAUAUGUCACCCGAAUAUGCCAUGGGAGGGAUAUUUUCUGAGAAAUCUGACGUCUAUAGCUUCGGUGUGCUGCUACUUGAGAUCGUCUCUGGCAAAAAGAACACGAGCUUGUACUACCAAGGCCAUCAUUUCAAUCUUCUUUCCUAUGCAUGGCAAUUGUGGAGCGAAGGCACUGGACUAGACCUAACAGAUGAAGCAAUUGUUCAUACUUGUUCGACAUCAGAAGUGAUGAGAAGCAUUCUGGUCGGGCUUCUAUCUGUGCAGGACCAUGCCACCGACCGACCCAACAUGUCAUCAGUAGUUCUGAUGCUGAGCGGUGAAUCAGAACUUCCUCAGCCGAGACCGCCGACAUUCACCUUCAAAAGUGAAAUUCCAAGUCAUGAUAUCAGGUCACAACGGGAGUGCAUCUUCUCCACGAACACCAUCACGAAUUCUGUGGUCGAUGGAAGAUGAUGAUCACCA